AUGUCUGACUCCAUCCCCUCUGCCCACUCUGAACCCGGCGCCGUCGACCAGCACCGCCCCGCAAACGCGGAAGACCGCAAAGCCGCCGCUGCCCUUUCCUCUCUGAACACCACUGAGAUCGGUGCGGACUCAGGUGCCAAGCCGCCUGUAUCCGCCGACCAGGAGGCACUGGGGAAGGCGAUGAGCCGGUUGGAGAUCGCUGCGGGGCAGGAUGCCGGCAAGAAGACGGCUGGGCCGCAGAAGGAGGCAGAGGUAGUCAGGAAGAAAGCCGUGAAAGUUACCUCGGAAGACAUUAGCCUCUUGGUCGAGCAGUUAGAUUUAACGAAGGUCAAGGCGACAGAGCUCUUGAAAUCCAAUAAUGGAGAUGCUAAGCAGGCGAUCAAGGCUUUUAUAACUCCUGUCGCUAUCUGCUAG